AUGCAAAGAGAAAAUGCAAAUUUUCCCAACGCUUUUGUCCUGCUGGGCUUCUCAGAGUUUAUGUGGAUGGAGAGACCCCUCUCUGCAGUGGUCCUGGUCUCCUACAUCCUCACCCUGGUGGGGAACAGCUCCAUGAUCUUCCUCUUCCUGGUGGAGCCCACACUACAGAUGCCCAGGUACUUCUUCCUGAACAACCUCUCUCUGCUGGACCUCUGUAUCAUCUGCACUAUUGUCACUCAGCUGCUGGCCAACCUGUGGGGAUCAGACAAGACAAUUGCUGCCUGGGGAUGCAUCACACAGCUCUAUGUUUAUACCUUGGCAGGUUGCACUGAAUGGAUCUUGCCGGCCAUGAUCACCAUUGAUCACUAUGUAGCCAUCUGCCAACACCUCCAGUACAAUCUCAUCAUGCAUCCCUGGAUUUGUGUACAGAUGGCAGCUGCCUCUUUGUCCAGUGGCCUGGCCAAUUCUCUGGUCCAAGCCACACUCACCAUCCAGCUCCCCCUCUGUGGGUAUCACACCCUAGAUGACUUCUGUGAGGUGUCUCUGCUCACCAAACUAGCCUGUGGGAACACCACUCCUAAUGACAUUGCCCUGGUUGUAGGAGCCAUCCCACUUGGAAUGAUGUCUCUCCUGAUGGUGAUCAUCUCCUACAUCUUUAUUGCUGGAGCUAUAUAG